CACCAAAUAGAACGCCAUUACGAAAUUUUCAAUCAACACACACACAAUUUCCAGUUCAAGAAACCUUUUUUCUUGAAUUUAUCACUACUUUUGAGUAAUGGGUUCUCGCCAGUUCUUCACCAUAUAGAAAAUCUUCACACACACUUUUGUGGGAUUUGUUAAAAAGGUUUGAAAAUGGAGGCAGCGAAAUUGGAAUUGGAAGAAACGCUAAUGGUUUUUGAGGCAUCUCUUUCUCACAUCAAAUGGAGGCUCAAACCUUCUUCCAAAUCUCGUCUUCAAACUGAUAUAUUGGCAUUGUGCUCAAGUAUGAGACCUUGUAUCAUGGUUGAUUAUGGCGGGAAAAUGCCCGAAUUAGGGCACCGUCUUUGUGCAUUUCUCACUCAUUGCAAAAAGGUGUCCUCGAUUUUCGAGCUUUUACAUGUGAUGGUCAUAGAUGAAAUGAUCUAUUUAAUUAAUGCCCGAACACUUGCGGACUUUGUCAAAUCAAGUUUGACUAUGGAGACGACGAUGCUCUUUGUUGACCUUGAAAACGACCCGCCAAAGCUGAUGACGCGAGCGGAGAAAAGCCAUGCAACGACGCAGCUUCUCUCAGCUCAGAACUUGUUUUCCUCUGUUUUUCAUGCAGACGGAAUUAUCAGCGAUCACUUGCUACGACACGAUAGUGGGCCCCACUCUGCCGGAGAUGCUGAAUCGUUAGUGGAUCUAAGUUGCUGCCUUAAGGAAUGUGAGGUCACAAUCCCAUCACUUAACGGGUGGCUUCUUGGUUACCCGGUGAUUUAUUUGUUCGGGAAGGACUACAUCGAGCGUGCUGUGUGUAAUCUCUCAACCAAGUCUCUUCACAUUUAUCAAUUUUUUGUCGACAGGGUUGAUAAAUCCAGCAAAGGACAUCAAAAGGAAGAACUAAUGAGUUUUACGGUGCCUUAUGAUUUGAGCAUGGAGGGAAGCAGCGAAGCAUGGGCGAAGUCGUUUUUCGCUGAGAUGCAGGUAAAGUGGGAUAAGUGCAAGCACAUUUGGGGAUCUUUGCAUAUGGAAGUUAAUGCUUGUUACCCGCAAGCAAUUGCUUUGUGAUAAUUUAACGACUUUUUUUCGGUUUUGAUGAUAGAGAUGCAAGCAAUUGCAUUGUGAUAAUUUAACGACUUUUUUUCGGUUUUGACGAUAGAGAUGCGCCGCCCCUUUUUUGUUCUCUUAUGUUUUUUCUCCAUCGUUGUUGUGUUUGUUUCUUAGAGUUUUGUAUUUCGUUCGAAGGAACCGAUAUCUAAAGUAUCGUCAACUUGAUUGGGAUUUUUUUUUUUUGUCCAAUUUGAGGAGUAGAGAAGUGCAAUAGUUUUUUGUUUGUUUCAACCCCUGAAAUUUGGAUUCUAUACUAAAAAGGGUUGGUUUGU